UCUUCACCAAGCCUGUCGCAAGGUCGAUCUUUUCGCAGCGUCUCUAUCCCUGGACGCGAUAUUUGCCGUCCUUUCACUUGUGUGGCUGCUGAACACGCUCGUUUGGUUAUAUUUACCUGGUUUGCCAGCUCUAAUUUGACACCAUGUCUGACUACGGAGAUCACGACGCUGAGGAAACCUACGACUACGAGCCCGCUGAGGAGGUGUUCGACGAGAAUGAGCCCGAAGACUUCAUAAACCCCGAGGAUCUCGAAGGUGCCGAGGGAGGCGCCGAUGGCUAUGCGGAUGAUCAUUAUACGCCGGCAGUCAAUGGUGACCGCAUCGUCGUCUCUGGCGAUCCCAGUGCGGGAUACUCCGGCAAGGUGGUGGAACAAGCACGGGCGAAGAAAAUCCCCAAUGAAGAACGCAAGACAACCCCGUACAUGACCAAAUACGAAAGGGCGCGAGUUCUGGGUACCAGAGCUUUGCAGAUCAGUAUGAAUGCUCCCGUGCUUGUAGAUCUUGAGGGAGAGACAGAUCCUUUGCAGAUCGCCAUCAAGGAGCUGAACCAGAAGAAGAUCCCGCUCAUUGUGAGAAGAUAUCUGCCAGAUGGAACGUACGAGGACUGGACGUGUGAAGAGUUACUCUAAAUCUGAUCACACUUUGGGUGGAUAUCUGUUGAGACUGAACUAUUUGUUUCUAUUUGUCAUUCUAAUUAUGGUCUUCUGAUUUGACGUCCCGCAUAGCGUUCGGAGUUUGGGAGCAGGAAGCGAACCGUUCAUUGCAUUGCUAAUGAUCCGGUCGCCGGGAAUUGGAAUUCAGCAAAGAACAGAAAAGAAGUAUACUUGACCUUUGAUGGAUAGAAUAUGAAAAAAAUGUUACGUUCACUCCUUUGGCCUUGGGUAUUUAUCCACAUCCACAAACACCUGGAGUCUUCAAUGAGUCUCUAGCCUUACAAACAAAAUGUAUGCUAUGAGAACUGUCUGGAAGCCGGCGCUCAUGACACUCGAG